AAAUACAACAGCUUACACCCGCCUCUCACGACGCAAUUCAAUCAUCAAAACCAUCUCGACGCAGUCAAAGCCAGACUCCAUUCGAUUCAAGCCAAGUUCCAAGUCGAAUCCAGCCCCCAAGUCUAGCGCAUCAUGUCGCUCUCUUCGCUAUUCCUUCUUCAACUAUGCACGCGUUUGCUAUCCACCAUCCUCACACAACUCCUCGUCCGUCUCACGCCUCCUCAGGAAUUUGCCGCUUCGCAUAUCCAUCUCGAUUUGGUGCUCAGUACCGUGCUAUUCCUCAGCAGAGAAGGCGUGCGGGGCGCUCUCUUGCGUUCCACACCACUCCAUCCACCAGCUCCUCCUUUUGUUCACACCCAUACACAGCUUGCAGAAGCGAGCUCUUUGGAUGGACCGAUGCAACAACGGCGUGCAAAGGUCAUGGCCCUGCAAGAAAGGUCGAGGCAGAACAUAGCCCUUUUACCUCUUUACUCUUCCAUCUUCGUCCUUCCGCUCAUCUACUACGCUUACCCCACAUUUCUAGCCCCCUCUUCUCUGCUCGUACUGCCGCAUUUCGAAAUCGCACUGCUGGGCUAUCUAGCUGGUGCGGCGCUAGAAUUGCUUGCUGAGCCGCUCUACACAAGAGCUCUGAGCGGGCGCAUGAGUGCGCAAGGGGAUGAUGCCGCUGCAAAUCCUUCGUCAAAACAGCCGAGCGCGGUCAAACACGACGAUGCUGAAAUCGACAAGGGAGAGGCGGAGAAGGAGGAGGACAGGGCAUGGAAGGGCACGCCCAUUUCUUCCGCAUCCAACCUUACACUUCGGAUAAGGUCCGAAGGAGCUGCUGUCCUCUCUCGCUGCGUCAUCACUGCCCUCGUAGUCUUUCUGACUUCUCGCAGCUCCUCUCCCUCUUCAGCCUCCUCCAUUUCGACACUGAUAGCUUUCGCACUGGGUCAGACAGCCUACGGAGCAGCCGUACUAUUGGUUCACCUCGUUUGGUUUUUGCAACACUGGGGCUUCAACGGCACUCUAUCUCUCUACACCCUGACUCGAUCUCCCCUUCUUCUUCCCUCGGUUGCACCUGCAGCUGGUUCUCAAGGCCAGGAGGCACAAACUCCAGAGUGUGCAGAAUGGUUCGACACUCAUACCCUCGCUCUCGUACGAGCCAUGACGCGGCAAUCUCUUGUCAAACAUGCUUUGACAGAGGCGGACAGGUUCGCCAUCACCAGAAUAGGAGCAGGACUGGAUCAACAGGGAGCUUAUGCCCUCGCUUCCAACUAUGGCUCGCUCUUUGCCAGACUCGUCUUUCAGCCCAUCGAAGAAUCGUCCAGGCUGGUAUUCGCACAAAGCGGGACGAAGAAAGAAGCACCUUCAUCCAACCGUCGCGACUCAAGCGCUCACGCAGACGGAGACGCAGACGCAGACGCAAACGCAGACGCGCAUCGUUUGCUCACUUCUCUUUUGCAAAUCUACUCGACGCUCUUGCCCAUCCUCUGCAUCUUUGCGCAAGCCUACUCCAUUCCGGUGUUGCUGGUUCUAGCAGGUCCCACCUGGGCACUACGUACCGACGCACCUUCCAUCUUGUGCACCUACGCAUCCCUCUAUCUCCCGCUCAUGGCCUUCAACGGUAUCCUAGAGGCCUACCUGCAAUCUUCCGCCUCGCCUCUGCACAUCCAAAAGUAUGACCGGGUAUUGCUCCUUGCUUGGAUUGCUUUUGGAACGACGCUUUGGGCUUUGCCUCGAUUGACCCAGGGCGCCGUUGGACUUGCGCUUUGGCCCAUCCGCACGCGCAUGGAGAUGAAGGAAGAUGCUACGGUGCAUGUGCAAAGCAGCAGCAGCGCUACCAACUUGAUUCUGGCCAGUUCCGUCCCCGCUGCCAUUCGAGCUGCGUACUGCUACCAUUACGCCUUUGCGCGUGGAAGGAGGACUGCCACAUUGGCGCCUGAGCUCCCAAACGAUAGUGGAAAGAAGAAGAAGAUGACAAUGCAGGACUCUCGUCAAGGCGUGGGGCCUAGAUGGAGCACCGUAUCCAUCUACAUCCUCGUAGCGGGUAUAGUACGCGCAAGCUAUUUCACGCUCGAUGUGAACACAAUAGAAGAGCUAGCUGGCUUUGACAACGCCGCCUCGAGGGCAAGAGGGCGAGAAGGCAAAGCGGGAGGAGGAAGAGAAGGAGUGAGGGUAUUGCUUGGAUUGUUGGGCGAGAAGAGCAUGAGCAGACAUGUGGCGCUGGGUGUGAUGAUGCUGGCACUUCUCGCUGUAACCAUGUGAGUCCUUCUUCUUUGACUAAGCCUUUCGAGUGAAGGACGACUGCGCGCCUCUUCAGCGCAUCCCUCCAAUCAGAUGGGUUGCAGACUCGCUCUGCUCUAGCUGGUCCUCACGCUGCAAUGAGAGCGGAAUUUCCGAGUGCUUGCGCGCCUAGUCAGUGUGUGUCUGCGCCCCUGCUGACCAUCGACGUACCUUCUCCCUACCCUUUUCUUUACUUUUGGGAAAAAAUCGCAUCAAAACAGUGC